GGAUUAAUUGAUAUAGUAUUUAGAGUAGGGGUGCUUUUGUUACUAAACAAGUGUCAAAAUCAAAGCAUUUGCUUUGUUGGUGUGGUGGGUUAUGUUAUUAGAGGAGGGAUGUGGUAGUGGAUAAGAUAGAUUUGCAUUAUUUGAGGGUAGCUGCUGUGCAUGGGUUUGUGAACUUUAAUGUCCAUGUCCCACCUAACUACAGACUUUGGUAUAAAGAAAGAGGUAGGACCUUUAACACAGGGAGAAGGGAGUUAGUAAAUGAAGAGGAAGUGAAGGGGCUGCUGGAGACAGUGAAUGGGGAAGGGUAUGUUGAAGUAUUUGUGACUGCUAAUGAAACAUUAAGGCCCAUACAUGAGAUCCAGGCCCAGUCCACUCCAGUAAAGGCUGAGAGAAAGGGGAAGAAAAGUUCAGGUAAGCCUGCUGUAGUUAGGAAGAGCCCAAGAAUUAACAAAAAUGAGCCUAAGGUGAGGGAGGGUGAAGAAUCUCCUAAACCUAGAUCUAGACAGGGGAUAGAAAAGGUUGAAGGGGUUUCUGCUGAGAUUAAGGGGGUUCCUGGUAAAGGGAAGUUGUUGAGUAAGGGGAAACAAAAGGGUAAAGCUAAGCUUGAAAGGGGUUCUGGCAGUGUGAAGGUGUUGGAUAAGGGAAAGGGAAAAAAAAAUCUGUAGGCAAAGGAUUGAUUUUUGAGGAUAGUAGUGAGGGCAGUGAGACUGGGAGGGAAGAUGAUUUUUCUUCAAGUGAUGGGAGUGAGAUUGACAUAACUUGGGAGCCUGGAGAGGAGGAGUAUGACAGUGGGGAUGAGAGGUGGUUUGUGCAGAAUUCUGAAGAAAUUUUAGCUAAGGUAACAAGAAGUCUUGGGAAGCAGUUUGAUGUACAUGAUGAGGGGGUUUCCAAGGAUCCAAAAGCAAGGUUGACAGAUAACUUGGAUGUGAAUGAGGUACAACUACAAGAAGAAAUUGAGGGAGAAUCAGAUGACCUAAGGAGCUUGGAUGGUUCAUCUGAUGAAGAGGACAAAAGUCCAUGGUUUAAUGACAAAUCUGACUUCUCAAAGCCUGUUGUACUUGUUCAUAGGCUUAGGUUUAGCAAUGCUACAGUGUUGAGGAAAGCUUUAAGAGUGCAUGCCAUACAGAGAUGCAAGAGACAAACCUAUCCUCACCCAAAUGGAAUGGAUGAGGAGGUACAUGAUGAGGAGAAAUAAUGAGAAGUGGGAGGACUCCAAGGAAAUCACAACCAACAUCACUCCAUAUGUGCAUAAGCUAUUUCAGAGGAUGAGCUAUGUGGCUAGGAAUUGCAUAAUUGAAGCUGCCAGGGAUGACACUUAUGAAGUGCAGCUGAAUGAUGACCAGGUUCUAGUUGACUUGCCAAAUUGGUCUUGUUCCUGCAAUCACUGGCAAUUAACAGGCAUCCCAUGUAUUCAUGCAUUUGCAUGCAUAAUGGAUCAGAGGGUUGAUGCUGAGCAGUUUGUCCACCCCUAUUACACUAUGGACACUUACAGAGCAGCAUAUGAGCCUGCAAUUCAACCUAUGCCAGGCCCAAAGCAUUGGGAGAGAGUGAACAUGAGAGAGCCUCAUCCACCAACAUUCAAACAGCAGCCUGGAAGACCUAAACAGAAGAAGAGGAAGCUGGAACCUGGGGAGGGAACAUCUGCAACAGGAGGGGAGCAGGGAAGAAAGAGGAGGAAAAGUCAGUGUAGGAUUUGUGGUGGAUUUGGCCACUAUCCCAAGACUUGCAAGGGCCCACAUGAACCUGAACCAACUGAGCAGAGAACUGCAGGAAGGCCUCCUUUAAAUUCACCUUGGGUAGUUGAGCAAAGAAGAAGAGGGAGAUCAAAGCUGCUAAGAAGAGUGCAAUAGGGGCUGGUCCAAACAGCAUUGGGAAUAGGACUUUUCCCCAAGAGCAACCUGGCUGUGAACCAUUGAGUAAGAGGAAAGGUUCACACAGUCAACAAGGGCAGCCACAAGCCAAGCAUCACACCACCCCCUCUUCCAGCCAACCUGAACCCAAUGCUACUGGAGUGCAGACAAGGAGGGCUAAGCUGCUGACUUCCAGACAAGGAGGGCUGACACAAUGAUGUUUGAAUUGUUUUUCUGAACUUUAGUUGUUGGUUGUAUUUUCUGAACAAUCAGUUGCAAUAUUUGUAGCUUUACUUUUGGGUUUAGGACAAGGAUCCUGUUUUGUUAAAUUAAUACUUUGCUUUAAGGCUUUACCAGCCAAUUUU